CUGCCUCACGGGGCCGUCGGCGACAUAGCGCCCGGCAGCGGGAUGGGGACAGACGGAUACGGACACCUGCCGGGGCGGCGAAGUCUGUGGAGCGGCUUCGAGUGCCCCGGGAGCACUACGGGCGGCUUCGCACCCACGGAGGUGACUCCGUACACGAACGCCACAGCCCCGCCCCCGCGAUCCCCGGCCGGAAGCGCGGCUGCUCAAGCGGUUGCCGGGGAACAGGCGAACCGGAAGUUCCGCCUGCCGAGCCGCAGCUGUUGUUGUGACAAGGGACCGUGACAGCGGCAGGCCCGGCACGAGCCCCCGCCCCCCGCACACGGGCCUCGCCGCCUCUGGCUUCGUUCCCCGCCCGCCUGCACCAUGAAGUGGAUGUUCAAGGAGGACCACGCGCUGGAGCACAGAUGUGUCGAGUCCGCAAAAAUCCGAGCCAAAUACCCCGACCGUGUCCCGGUCAUAGUGGAGAAGGUCUCAGGAUCUCAGAUUGUUGAUAUUGACAAGAGGAAGUACUUAGUUCCAUCUGACAUCACCGUGGCCCAGUUCAUGUGGAUCAUCAGGAAGAGGAUUCAACUGCCAUCUGAGAAGGCAAUAUUCCUCUUUGUAGACAAGACUGUUCCGCAAUCCAGCUUAACUAUGGGACAACUUUAUGAGAAGGAAAAGGAUGAGGAUGGAUUCUUGUAUGUUGCCUACAGUGGAGAGAACACAUUUGGUUUCUGAAUGGUGGGUCUUGGCUACUGUACCAUCCUGCUGUGUAUCUUGUAAAUAGCUGAUCACUUUCUGUUCUGACAUCCUCAGAAGUUCCUCCUCUAUACAUGCACUUGUAACUGGAUUUAUUUCUUAAUAUAUUGCUAGGUCUUGUUUUAUUAGACUGUUAAAUUAUAAAAAGAAAUUUCUGUUGGUUUUGUGCUUUUUUUUUUUUUUUUUUUUUUUUUUUUUUUCCUUCUUCAUGGCUAUGAAUUCCUAGAGCCUGAGUUCUUUGGGGGGGAUACAUUUGAUGACAUUGAUUAAAUAAUAAAGCAAAGUAGUUGGGCUACUAAAACAUGAAGAGAAGAACACACAUUUAUUCUGUUUUGACAUGUUAGUUUAAGAAAAAUAAAACCAGUAAACUAGUAUUGGGAACACUGGAUUUACUAGCUUAUCCAAAGCUGGGAGCAAGAUGCUGAUCAUGUUGAAUUGAGCUAGUAUGUUCUUCUUUCCCAAUUAACAAACAAGUACAAUAAACAUUCCUAUC